CUGUUAUUAUUUAUAUGUUUCUCCAGCUUGAAUUUCACUUGAUUUUGCUUCAAAGACGAAUUCUUGCAUGGUAUAGCCGCCGAAUUUUUGGACAGAAAUCAAGAUUUCAGUUGCAAGAUGGAGAGCCGCGGCGGGAGGCACAAGUUCAAACGCAAAAAAUUGGAAAACAAAAUCAGACAGAGUGCCGAUCCGCUGCCAGACACAUCCAAUUUUGACGAGAGUUUCAAAUACUACAAGCAGAGGAAUCCGCCGCCAGAUUUGAACUCCGUCAUUAAUCCUUCGCACCGGGAAUUGUGGCAGAUCUUUGGGAUCAGACAAGUGGCCGCGCGUCACGACACGAUGCGGGACAACGACUUUGAAGUCGCCCAAGCACUCGGGCUCAUUGACGUCAGGGCUUGGACAAUCCUGGAAUUCAACAGCCAUCCUGGCUUAAUUUACAUCCUGAACCCAUUCACUAGUCAAGGCCAGCGAAACUGGAUUCUUCGAAGUCUGAAAGACUACACUCGACGGCCGCCUUACAAAUUAAAUCUGGACGCACACGCAGAAUGGCAGGUGGGAAAUGGCCAGCCAGAUUGGUGGGAAUUGUCAAACAGGGGUGAAGAAAGAAGCAGCAUUUUGAAGAAAAAACUGCGCUGGUCGACAUUAGGUUACCACCACGACUGGGAUACAAAGGUUUACUCCGAUGAAAACAAAUCUCCAUUUCCUGAGGAACUGGCUGAAAUGUCAAGAAUAGUUGCUGAAGUGAUCGGGUCCAAAAACUAUGUCGCCGAAGCGGCAAUAGUAAAUUUUUACCACUUCGACUCCACUCUAGCGGGCCACACAGACCACUCGGAAGAAAAUUUCGAUGCGCCGUUAAUUUCUUUCAGUUUUGGACAAAACGCUGUUUUCCUCCUCGGAGGCGUCACCAAAAGCGACCACCCGUUGGCGUUGCUCAUUCAGAGCGGAGAUAUUGUCAUCAUGUCUGGACCUUGCAGACUCAGUUACCACGGAGUCCCUCGAAUCGAGCCCAUCGUCGACGACCUUCCCAGGUGGAGAGGGAAUGAAGCAGAAGACGAAACAGAAGACUGGAAUAACUGCUGUGAUUAUUUGCAGUCAUCCAGAAUUAACUUAAACGUGCGCCAAGUCAAGAAAGUCAAUACAAAUUGAGAAUGUAACGAUUUUUACCAAAACUAUGUCACUAAUUUAUUAUUAAAAUUUUAUCCGUAUACCAAAAAAU